AUGAAACUUAAUAAAAUAGUUUUUGCACAUAAUACAAAGAAUACAAAACAUAGUUUUCUAAAAAAACAUAUACAAUAUUUAUUUCAAAAAAAGUUAUUUAGUACCUCUAAAAAAACAUAUUUUAAACUUACAAAAAAUUCUAAUGAACUAAAAAAUGAAUAUUCAGAGUUGAGCAAAUCAUUUGUUCUAUCUAAUGGAGUUCGUGUUGUCUCCAAAGCUAUUCCUGGGCAUUUUUCUACCCUUGGAGUAUAUAUUGAUGCAGGUUCAAGAUAUGAACAUGAUAAUAUUAGAGGAACAAGCCACCUUAUAGACAGACUUUCAUUUAAGGCAACUAAAAAUCGAAGUGCAGAAAAUAUGAUAAAUAGUCUUGAGUCUUUGGGAGGGAAUUUCAUGUGUUCUUGUUCUAGAGAAUCAUUGAUAUAUCAAACGGCUAUUUUUAAUAAUGACGUUGAAAACAUGAUCAAAUUGUUGUCAGAAACUAUUCUCGAUCCAAUUAUUACAAAGGAGGAUUUAGAAGAACAAAAGCUUACUGUACAGUAUGAAAUAACUGAAAUAACAUCCAAACCAGAAUUAAUACUCCCGGAAAUGGUUCAUAUUACUGCUUUCAAAAACAAUACGUUAGGAAACCCCUUAUUAUGUCCAAAAGAAAGGCUACCUUUUAUUUCUCUUUCCACUAUUUCCGACUAUCGAGACCUGUUUUAUCGUCCAGAGCGUAUGGUUAUAGCAUUUGUAGGUGUCGAACACGACAAAGCUAGAGAUUUAGCAGAGAAAUAUUUCGGUGACUUCAAAAAUAAAGAAACAUCUUAUAACCCUUUUGUUUUACAAAAUAAAUCACUAGAAUUAGAAUUUCAGGAAAAAGCUCUAUCAAAAAAUACAUCUUCUAUUUCAUUACCUUAUGAUAUCUCUAAAGAAAAAAUGUUUUUACCUGCUCAUUAUACAGGAGGAAUAAUGAAUAUACCUUUAUCAAAACAAAAUCAGGAAUUUACUCAUAUUUAUAUUGCUUUUGAAGGCAUGCCUCUUUCAGACCCAGAUAUUUAUGCAUUAGCUACUCUCCAGAUUCUUUUAGGAGGAGGAGGAUCUUUUAGUGCUGGAGGACCAGGUAAAGGAAUGUAUUCAAGACUUUUCCUAAAUGUAUUAAAUCAAUAUGGAUGGAUAGAAAGUUGUGUUUCAUUUAAUCAUAGUUACACAGAUUCAGGAAUUUUUGGGAUAUCAGCAAGCUGUAAACACGAUGCUGCUCAAGCAUUAAUUAAUAUCAUUUGUCAGGAAUUGGUAUUUACUAUGCACAAGGGACGAAAGGGUAUAAAUAAAAUUGAAACAGAAAGAGCUAAAAAUCAACUAAGAAGUUCACUUAUGAUGAAUUUAGAAAGCAAAAUGAUUAUCUUAGAAGAUUUAGGAAGACAAGCACAAACUAUAAAUCAAAAAAAAAUAACUGCUCAAGAAAUGUGUGACAAAAUAUCUUCAUUAACAGUCAAUGAUUUGCAAAACGUUGCAGAAAAGAUUUUUACAGGCUUAAUAAAAAAUAAAGGUCAAGGAACAGGACAACCUACAAUUGUAAUCCAAGGAAAAGCCGAAAAACUUAGUAAUGCAAGUGAUAUUAUAAAACGUUAUGGAUUAGGAAAAUAA